AAUACUCCAUCUCUCUCUCUCUCUCUCCGUCCCCACUACCAACUCUCUCUCUUUCUCUCUCUUAACGCUUCCCAAACCCUAACACAAUAACUCUUCUUCUUCAUCUUCUUCGUUUCCUGCCAUGUGAUUACUGGUUUUUCAUCAGAGCAUCGUCUUCAUCUUCAUCAAAAUAUCUCUUGUACUGAUAUCAGAAAUGGCCUCAGCCUGCGUCAACAACAUCGGAGUCUCGCCGGAGAGUUUCACGGCGACAUAUCCUUCCUACGGCUGGCUCAGCCCCCGAAUCUCCUUCAGCCGCGAGCUCCCCAGCGAAAACGACACCGAACAAUCGCCAAACGACGCCAACAAGAAGAAGUCGUCGUCGUCUUCUUCUUCUUCUUCUCCUACGCCGGCGGACGAUCUUCUGCCGCUAGAUCCGGCUGAUUUCGAGUUCCGCCUCGAAGAUCCCGUCGCCAUGCUCCCCGCCGACAAGCUCUUCUCCGACGGAAAGCUCGUUCCUCUCCACCUUUCCUCGGUCAAACCAUCUUCCUCAUCGGUCAACGAUACAGCCUCCCCGGACACUCGCCGGAGAUCCGAAAUCUCCGGCAGAUCGGAUCCAUACCUGUUCUCUCCCAAAGCUCCGAGGUGCUCAAGCCGGUGGAGGGAGCUCUUAGGGCUGAAGAGGCUCUACAACAACACUAACAAUAACCCUAAGGCGGAGAGCAACAAAACGGCGGCGUUUUCUUCUGCUAGUUCUUCGUCUUCUUCUUCGAAGCCGUUAAAGCUUUUCCUCCACAGGAGUUCGAAAUGGUCAUCUUCAUCGUUAUCAUUGUCGUCGUCUUCGUCGUUUUCCUCGUCCGACUCGUUGCCUCUUCUGAAGGACUCCGACUGCGAGUCCGUUUCUCUCUCCUCCUCCCGCCUCUCUCUCUCCUCCUCCUCCUCCGGCGGCCACGAGCACGACGAUCUCCCGCGCCACUCGCUCGACUCCGACAAGCCAAGUACCAACAUUCCGAUCUCUCUCCACCGUAACCCUAACAAUCCUCCGCCGCCGAGAAUGCGCGUGGUGAAGCAGAGAUCGUCGGUGGACCAUCCGCCGGCUGCAGCGGCGAGGGCGGGGCGGAGUCCGAUCCGGCGGCCGGCGGGGGAGUCUUCGUCGACGAGCAGAGGAGUCUCGGUGGACAGCCCUAGGAUGAACUCCUCGGGAAAGAUUGUUUUCCAGAGCUUGGAGAGAAGCUCGAGCAGUCCGAGCAGCUUCAAUGGCGGUCCGAGGUUUAAGCACCGAGGCAUGGAAAGGUCGUACUCGGCGAAUGUAAGAAUCACUCCGGUUCUCAACGUCCCCGUCUGCUCCCUCAGAGGAUCGUCCAAGUCCGGUUCCGUAUUCGGAUUUGGACAGCUCUUUUCGGCGCCGCAGAAGAGAUCAGAAGGGAACAACAAUGGCGGUGGAGGAGGAAGCAACCGAAGCCACGGCGGCCAUAGCCACGGACACGGGCACAGCAGGAACCGGAGCGAACGAAACUGAUCAAAUAACCGACCGAACCGAACCGAACCGAGAACGAAUUGGAUGGUAAUGUUUUAACGCGGCUCUUGUUUUUGUUCUUGUUUUUGUUUUCUAAUUCAGUAAAGGAAGUUAAGUUGGCAUUUCCAUUAUUUCUAUUAGAAUUUUAGAUGUAAAUAUGCAAUGGAUUGAGUUUUUUCUCUUCUUUUUUUUUUUUUUUUUUGGUUCAAUCAAUUGUUGUUCGUUUGCGGGGUAGUUUGUUGGAACAUUCUGUGCCCUAACUGUUUUUAACUUAAGCUAAAAAGCUAAUGUUGUUAAAGAUUAGACUGUUGUUGUUA